AUGGAUCAGGCCAUUUUUCAUAAAGCCAAGACCUCCCCUGAUGCGAUUGCCGUUGUUGAAGGUGAUAUCAGGUUGACAUUUGCCGGGCUGGUUUCAGAGUCCCAGAAGCUGGCUUCUAUGCUUCAUGCAAAGGGUACAUCUAUGGAGGAGCCAUUCGGUAUCCUACUAGCACCUGGAAUCAAUCUGGUGAUCGCCCAGUUUGCGACUAUCCUCGCUCAAGGCACUUGUGUUCCGGUGGACCCAAAAACACCGAAAUUGCGGCUGAAAAGCAUGUUCCGCGAUGUUGGAGUCAGGCACAUCAUUGUGGAAGAAGGUAGUGAAUACGAAUUAGAUGACAUUGUCUACAUCUUCCUUGGAAAUAUUAGGAAGAAGAAAUGUGACUUACAACAUGAGGAUGAUCCCACUACCUUUACGCCCCGGUUUAUCUCCAAAACCCACCGCACCCACAUCCUGUUCACUUCAGGCUCGACAGGAAAACCAAAGCCUGUUCAGAUCAGUGCCCGGAAUAUAAUGCACCUCGCUACCAACACCCCGAUAACUCCGCUAUCCCCCAAUUAUAAAGUUGCCCAUUUUAACAACCCUGGAUUUGAUCUUAGCCUCUUUGAAGUCUGGGUUACGCUUAUCUCCGGGGCAACAAUUGUGACUAUCAAAAAGGAAAUCGUGCCAGACCCUGCUGCCCUCAAACCAUUCCUCGAUUUCCAUAAGGUGACUGUUAUGAUCCUUUCAGUGGCGUUGAUGGAGACACUCGUUUUUGGAGAUCCUUCAAUCUUCUGCAACCUAAAGCACGUACUUAGUGCCGGUGAUGUUGCCAGUGUCAAGGCAAUGCGUGCGAUGUGCCCUCGUCCCGAGAACAUCUGGAACACGUACGGCCCCACCGAAUGUACCACCCUCGCAACAGCCCUCCUUGUUACCGAGGAGGAGUUAAAAAGGGAUCGAAUUAGCAUUGGCCGGGCCGUCGGGGAUAUGAAAGUUUACUUGUUGGACGAGAACCUGAAACCUAUCCAUAGGAGUGGAACACGGGGAGAAAUUUGCAUUUCUGGUCCACAACAAUCUGCUGGCUAUCUGAACAUGCCUGUUGAGACUGAAACGAACUUUAUAUAUGUCAAAAAUGUCGCGCUUGGUCUUAAAACGCGUCACACAAGGGAAGAUGCUUCUCGUUUGUAUCGAACGGGAGACUACGCAGAGUGGCGACCUAGCUCAGAACUUUUGGAAUUCCUCGGACGCAGUGAUCGACAAGUCAAACAUAAUGGGUUUCGAGUAGAGCUCUCAGAGGUCGAAAGACAUUUUCUACUUCACGAAGACGUGGAAAGCGUGGCGGUGGUCCAUGUAUCAUCAGUGACUGAUCAUAGAACGUCGCACCUUGUCGCGUUUAUCAGGGCAAAGGCAGGCGGAGACUUAAGAGUGGAAGAUUUGUCUGCAUUUGCCCGCGAACAACUACCUCUCUACAUGGUGCCUGACAGUAUUGAGCUGAUUGAUGAUCUCCCCUUGACAUCCAAUGGCAAGCUUGAUCGUCAAGCUUUGAAGGAAAGGUACCUACGGAAGCCAAGUCAUGAUACGGUCGAGCGACGCGUCGAAAACGGCAAGCCAACCACCAAAUCCACGAUACAAAGGCUGUGGAAAAAUAUUCUACCCCGGUCAAGAUGCGAAGACGAAGAUGACUUUGUUGAACAAGGCGCAAGCUCCCUGCAAAACGCUACUCUUAUUUCGCUGAUACAGAAGCAUCUUGAUUGUCCAAUCUCUAUGGAAAAGUUCCUUCAGAAUACACGGCUUCGAGAUCUAGUAUCUUUGGUAGAUCAAGCGCCCAAAUGCGAGACAGCCGCCUACACAUCUGAUGAAACCGAGGUGUGGAUCAGAGAUGUUGAUUUAGCUGACCAAAUUGAGCUGGUUCCAAAUUGGACUGCUGAAGAGGAGGGUCGGGUUUUUCUCACGGGUGCGACUGGAUUCGUAGGAGCAAACCUCCUCCGCCAUCUCAUCGAUAUGCCAGCCGUCAAGCAAGUUGCCUGCUUAGCACGAAGGCAAGGGUCUCUCAGUGGAGCUGACCAUAUUCAAGCAACACUGGAGCAGUACGACCUGUGGCCAACAUCUUUGCAGCUUAUUCAGAAGAUUAUCGUCCUGGAAGGCGAUAUGACGGACGAGAAUCUGGGAUUAGGCCCUGAACGGUUCACGUGGCUCACCAACUGGACCUCAGUGGUCUUUCAUCUAGGCGCCAAGGUGAACUUCUGUGAGACAUAUGCCGCCCAUUAUGACUCGAAUGUACUUGGAACAAAGCAUGUUCUCCGUGUGGCUGCCCUUGGACGUCGUAAAGCAUUUCAUUACAUGUCGAGCAUUGAUGUCUGGGGACCGACUGGGUUUAUUUUAGGAACUCGUCGGGUAAUGGAGGAUGGACCUCUUCAUCCUCAUAUACAGUGCCUUCGGUACGACCUCGGAUACUCAGCUAGUCAGUGGACUGCGGAGCAAAUGGUUCGCCGAAUGCGAGACCGCGGUCUGCCAGUUGCUAUAUACCGGCCCGGAUACAUCAUCGGUGAUAGCAAAACUGGCGCCAUGAACCCGAACGAUUUUUUCUCUCGGCUCAUCGUAGGAUGUAUCCAGAUUGGCUCUUUCCCAGAUCUACAGCAGAACUUGGAGUUUUGCACUAUUGACUAUGUGAUUCCUGCCAUGGUACACAUUGCCACAUCGAAUGAGAAUCUAGGCCGCUCGUACAGUCUUCUCUCCCCCGAUCCCGCAGUAUCCAUCAGUGUCCGCGAGACAUGUGGCGUUAUCCAGGAAGCGGGGUAUCCAGUUAAGCUGGUGAAGUAUUCCAAGUGGGUGGACGAAGUAGUUGCAGGACAACUACCAGAUGGACCACUGGCUCCAUUGAUGCCCAUGUUUGAAGAGAAGGUUCUAGGGGAACUCACGCGUUGGGAAGCAAGCCAAAACACACCAAUCUAUGAUUCGACUAAUGCGGCAAAUGUGCUUAAAGAGCGUCCGGAUAUUCGAUAUAAGCCCUUGGAUCCCACACUUCUCAAGUUGAUGAUUUCAUUUUGGAACCGAAAGGGGCUCUAUCAAAUUUGA